AUGGGGCAUGGCACACACACAUUAUCAACAGCAGGAGGUAGUUUUGUCCCUGGAGCUAACUAUGGAGGACUCGCAAAUGGGACUGCAAGAGGAAUGGCACCAAAAGCACGCGUAGUUGCUUACAAAGUUAUGUGGCCAAAUUUACUUCCAUCAGGUUCAUCAGGCUCAGAUGCAGAUAUCAUGGCUGCUUAUGAAUCUGCCAUGGAUGACAAUGUAGACAUCAUUAAUCUAUCUAUGGGAACACCAGCUACUGAUUAUAUUGUUGACGCGAUUGCGAUUUCGAGCUUCCAUGCUAUGAAGAAUGGAAUCCUUACUGUUGCUGCUGCUAGUAAUGAUGGACCGGUGCCUGGGAGUGUUACAAAUGUAGCACCAUGGCUCUUAACUGUUGCUGCUAGUAGCAUUGAUAGAGCAUUUUAUUGUGAUGUGAUACUUGGUAACAAUUAUAAGAUCAAGGGUAUCGCGGCUCAUGACAUUUUUGUGGAAACAGCAAAUAAGGUGUACCCAAUAAUUACUGGAGCAGAUGCUCGCAUUGCUAGCGCUAACAUCAACAAUGCUUCCUAUUGUCAAGAAGGAACUCUAGAUGCUGAGAAGGUGAAGGGAAAGAUUGUAGUAUGCUAUAAGACGCUCAGUCAUGGAAUAAGUGAUGAGGAAACUAAGAAGAGCGAUCUAAUUAGAGAAAUUGAAGGCGUUGGGAUGUUAUUAACAAAGGAAGAAGGCAAAGUGUAUGAUAUUUCUACUGAAGAACAUGUGAUCCCCACUGCGACUCUUAGCUAUAAUGACAGCAAAACUCUUUAUGCUUAUAUCAGCUCCACAAGGACUCCAACUGCAACAAUUACUCUACCAACAACUUCGUUGGAAAUAAAGCCUGCUCCAGUCAUGGCCGAUUUCUCGUCAAGAGGGCCAAAUGCAAUCAGCCCUAGUAUUUUAAAGCCAGAUGUUACAGCUCCUGGGGUGAAUAUUCUCGGAGCUCAUCCUCCAGAAAUCGCAAAUUCGUCGUUUCUUUUAGGUAGUGGAACAUCAAUGGCAGCACCUCACAUGGCUGGAAUCGCAGCUCUUAUCAAAAAAUUGCACCCUGAUUGGACUUCUGCUGCUAUCAAAUCUGCAAUCAUGACUACAGCAAAUCCUCUAGACAGCAAUGGGAUGCCAAUUCUUGAUUAUGAUCAGGUGACUAAGGCAUCACCAUUUGCAUACGGAGCAGGGCACGUAAGACCUAAUCUAGCAAUGGAUCCUGGGUUAGUUUAUGACAUGAAUCCUAAUGAUUACCUUAAUUUUCUUUGUGCACAUAUGCAUAAAUCUACAAUCUCAGAAGCUUUUAGCAAGCAACAUUCUUAUGAAUGCCCUCCCUCUUUAAAUAUCUUAGAUUUUAAUUAUCCUUCCAUCACAAUUCCUGAGUUUACUGGCCAAGCCAUUGUUACUCGAACACUGAAAAAUGUUGCGCAACCAAGCACUUACAUUCCACGCAUCGAAGCACCACAAGGGAUUUCAAUUGUUGUGGAGCCUAAAACUUUGGUGUUCUCUAACAAAGAUCAGAAUAUUACAUUUAAACUUGUUUUCACAGCUGAUGUUAAUCAUCUUCCUAAUGAUUAUGUAUUUGGAAGUUUGAUUUGGUCGGAUGCUAAACAUGUUGUUAGAAGUCCUAUUGUAGUCAAGGCCAAGAAGAAGUAA